UGCUGCAUUUCCUUAGCAAUAGUCAUCUACCAAAUGAUUGCACUAGGGCUUGCAGGUAAUGGCCACAGAUGUUAAUAGACGGUUUGUUUUGAUUGGUUUAUCCCUGCCCUCUAUAUUGCUAUUUGUUUUGGGAUACAAAACACUACCUAAAAUUUCCCCAUCUACCAUUUUUAAAACAAAAAGGAUCUGCACAUUCAUUCCUCUCCACUCGGUAGUGCGGUUGGUUGGUGACUUAUUUCCAUCUGUCACUCGAAAACCCGGGAGGUCUUUUUCUUUUUAUCUUUUCCCUGAAUUAAAACUCGCAAAGAAAAAUGGCAGAUACCAACGUACAUACCACCACCGCCGAGAUCCCCGUCACCAAGGAUCUUAAAGAAAAGAAAGAAGUGGUAGAACCAGAGAAGGCAGAGAAUGGAAUGGGAGAUGCAACAUCCAAUGGCAAAGAAGAGAAUGGCGCUGACCAUGGUGCACAGAAUGAGGAUGCAGUGAAAGAGAAUGAAAAAGGUGAUGUAAAAGGUGAGGGUGAAGGAGAGGAUGAGGAAGAAGGUGAGGGAGAUGAAAAAGAAACAGAUGGCCUUUCAGUAAAACGUCCUGCAGAUGAUGAGGAGGAAACUGAAACUAAACACAGAAGACAGAAAAUGGAGACUCCAUAGAAAUGAAAGAAUCUGCCUAAUUCUCCUUCCAGACAUUUUAUAGCUUAAGUGACAUGGUUGACUUUAAAUUGUAGAGACUGUGCUUUAUAUCUGUACAUUUUACAAAAUGGCGGUUUUUAUAUACUGUAACCGUACAUGCACUAGAGACCUGUAACAUCGCAGCAAGACAGCUAUGGCUUUUUGUAAAAUGUUAUUUAUUGGUGCUUGUUUGUACUGGUUAACUGCUUCAAUAAAAAUCAAAACUUU